AUGCCCGAGAUCACGCACCCCGUCGGUCAGACCAGACUGUCCCCAAUUGCCUCGAGCCCCAUUACCUCACCUUCGGAUAGCACGGAUGUGAAGCUGCAAUCAUCUAGCAAUCCCGGAGACACUGCCAUAGGUACAGAUAUCCAUCUAAGCUUCAUCGCGCAAGCGACAAUGGUAGCCUGGAAUCCCGAGGCGAUAGAUACCAAAGUCAAAGCGCACAGCGGCCAUGUCAUUCAGACACCUGAAGUCGUUUCCAGUCCUCAGACGACUUUUGCCAUACCACCUCCGCAAAUAGAGACAGAAAAAGGGACAAGCGUAGCGAUUGACCCUAUAUCUCGACAAAUCUUUGAAAGAACAAAACCUCACCAAAACCCACCACGGAACCUACCGCCGACUUCCUCUGAUGCCAGCCUCGGCGCAUCCCAACAGUCUCCUGAUAGCUCAGGUACAGCAGAUGUCACAGAGCCAGUAAGCUUGCGCAGACAAGAGAGCGUGAAUUCUGUGAACAAGGGACCAAAGGACAAAAAGAAGGGUGUAUCGCUUUUUAGCCGAUUUAUUGGCAGCAAAAAGAAAGAUUCUUUACCGCCUAUUCGCAAUGAAACAGCAUCUAUUACUGGGGGACUAUCUACAGAUGCGGAAGCGGAAGUGUUCUCCCAACCAAUUGGUUUUGUGCCUCGAUUUCCUGCUCCUCCUCGAUACAUUAAAGUAAGGGCAAACAACCGGAGGCACAAGGAGUUCGAGCGGGUCUUUCUAGCGCAGGUUCUGCUCGAGCGAAGUCAGAAAUCUAGAAGGAAGACCUCUGGAGAUGAGGAGAUUGUGCAUGUUGACGAGGCUCCUGCUGUUCCAGGGCAACCAUUUAACAGGGCGAUCUGGGCCAUGGAAUUUUCCAAAGAUGGACGCUACCUGGCUGCUGCAGGACAGGAUAAGAAGAUCCGUGUUUGGGCGGUGAUCUCGUCAGCCGAAGACCGGGAGGCGCAUGAAGCAGAAGAAGAGGAGAAGAAUCCUGAGCAACCUGCCGUCAGGUUGAAUGCGCCUGUACUAAGGACACAGCUCAUUAGAGAAUAUCAUGGUCACACUUCCAGCAUACUGGAUCUCUGCUGGAGCAAGAACAAUUUUCUACUUUCUUCCUCUAUGGACAAAACAGUCAGAUUGUGGCAUGUGACUCGAAGCGAGUGCCUUUGCGCUUUCCGACAUCACGACUUCGUCACAUCAAUUGCAUUCCAUCCACGGGACGAUCGGUUCUUCUUGGCAGGCUCGUUGGACUCGAAGCUAAGGUUAUGGAGCAUACCAGACAAGGCUGUAGCAUACUGGGCAAAUGUUCCGGACAUGGUGACAGCGGUAGCAUUCACGCCAGAUGGGAAGACUUGCAUCGCAGGAUGCUUGAAUGGUCUGUGCCUUUUCUACGACACGGAAAAGUUGAGGCUUCAUUCACAACUCCACGUCAGAUCAGCUCGAGGUCGAAAUGCUAAGGGUAGUAAGAUCACAGGUAUUGAUACAAUCACGCUUCCACCAGGGGAUCCUAACGGAGACGUCAAAUUGUUGAUUACCAGCAACGACUCGCGUGUACGAAUGUAUAAUUACAAGGACCGUAAUCUCGAGAUCAAGUUCAGAGGGAAUGAGAAUACCUGCAGUCAGAUCCAUGCAACCUUCAGUGAUGAUGGACGACAUGUUAUUUGUGGUAGCGAAGACAAAAAGGUGUACAUAUGGCCAACCGGACCAAUCGAGAAACAAGAUCAGGACAAGCGCCCAGUGGAGAUUCUGGAGGCGCAUACAGCAAUCGUCACGUCUGCUAUUCUAGCUCCAACCAAGACUCGACAGCAUCUCGCACAAUCUGGAGAUCCAAUUUACGAUCUUUGCAAUCCACCGCCCGUGACAUUGGUGGGAAAUGACUCUGUCCUCUCGUCGCGAGCUCAGACAGAAAGCAAUCCGUCGAUAAAAGACGGGGCUACGGCUUCAAUUCAACAGACAGCCAAUCGUAGUCAAAGAGCGGAGGAAACACCUGCCUAUUUGGCUCGUCAUGCACAUCCUAGUGGCAAUAUCAUUGUGACCGCCGACUAUUUGGGACAGAUCAAGGUAUUUCGGCAAGACUGCGCCUUUCAGAAGCGUCGUUACGAACUCUUCGACAGCUCAUCUCUGUUUUCCAGGAACCGUCUUCUUGGCCGGAAUGGUUCACCAACCGCUCGUAGUAGUCUGUCUUCGGCACGAAACUCGACGUCGUAUAGCAACUUCAAGACUCCAUCGACAGAUCGAAUCGUCAGCUGGAGAAACUCUAUCACGAGCGGGCCCACCAGCCACCCUGGUACCACGAUCAACGGUGAUGUACAUAUAAACCUACAACGGACACGUAGCGAUUCACCACGGAAAACCAAUGCCCAGGUUUCGUCUUCUUAUCAUCAACUGGCGGCGAAAGCACCCUCCAUCGCCACUAGUACCUCAUUUCCGUCAUCCCCACGGAAAUCAUCGGAUGAGUCCAUCCGCAUGGCAGGCGCCGAAGUAGAAAAAUUUCACACCCCACCAACUAUCGAGAUAGGUGCCAGUGCGCGAGAAAAACCUAUAGAAAGGGAGUCAGAGGCAGGGGCCAAGGCAUUAGGCCCAACCCCUGAGCAUACCCUGUACAUACAAGGCGACCACGGUUACCGCUAUUGGAAGCCAGGGGAGCUGGUCACCAUGGCUCAACGUGAGCCGAGAACACCAGGUGUCCUAAAUCUGGGCGACAUCAAUGGCAAUUCGUUGCUGCGAAAGCAGAGUUCAUCCAGCAAGCUCAGCAGCGAAAUUAGCUCGGAUGAGACUGCAACAACUGAGGCAGAUGGAGACCAGAGCAGCGAGAUCAAAUGUGAGAGGUGUGGUGGGAGAAGCUUUCGAGUAAAGCUAGAGGCGACCCAAGAACAAAGAUUGAGUUGUAAGAGAUGUGGGAAUGCCGUGUGA